GGAAGUCGUUGACAGAGGCAGACGUCGAUGAUAUUCAUCCUUCUUUAUGGUCUGCCAGCAAUAUGCCUGGGUUUCUCUCACAGUGGAACAAACAGACUGGUCAUCCAAACAGGACAAAUGAGAACAAGAAAGUGUAUUAUUCAAAAGGACACAAUGACUCUCUCCUUUUUGAUGCAUGUGAUGAAACGUCACCUUUGUUGGGAAAUAAACAUCAAGAGAUGAAGCAGACGAAGAAGGCAGCUAAUGGAACCACGUUCUCGCUGGUCAGGGCUUUGUGGAAAACAUUCUGGUUUGACUUGAUACAGUUUCAAGUCUGGGUGCUUGUUAGUGACUUGCUCAGAUUUGCCAGUCCUUUGAUACUUGGCCUUCUCGUAUCCUUCACCACAGACAAGACUGUGCCCCUGUGGAAAGGCUACCUUCUAUGUAUUGUGCUGUUUGCAUCCACGUUGACUCAGACAGUCUUUUCUCAUGCUAACUGGCACCAAGGAAAAAAGGUGGCACUCAGGAUUGUUGCUGUCAUCAUAUCUGCUAUCUUCAGAAAGUCCUUAAAGAUGAGCAACAAGGCAAAGAAAGAGUCGACAACAGGAGAAAUUGUGAACUUGAUGUCUGUAGACGUGGAGCAUAUACAAACCAUCACGGUUUGGAUCUGGGCAGUGUGGGCUAUUCCUUUGAAUGUCGCCAUUGCCCUGUACCUCCUGUAUCAGUCUCUGGGAGCAUCCAUGUUCGCUGGGAUGGCGGUGUUGCUUGUGUUGUUGCCCGUCAACGUUGUCGCCGUGUUCAUGCUGAGGAAGUAUCAGGCUGAACUGAUGCAAUACAAGGACAAGAGGAUGAAGAUAAUGAAUGAAGUCCUCAAUGGCAUUAAGAUACUGAAGUUGUAUGCCUGGGAACCGUCCUUCCAGGAAAAAGUUUUGGAGGUUCGGGAUAAGGAAUUGCGCAUUUUGAUGAAGAUGGCUUUCCUUAAGAGUUUUAACACCUUCACCUGGACUCUUAUUCCUUAUCUUGUAUCUCUAACUACAUUUGUGACAUACAUCUUCACUUCUGAUGACCACUACCUCCGACCUGAGGUCGUCUUCCCGGCGAUCUCUCUCUUCAGUAUCAUCAGACUUGCUAUUGUCAGAUCACCAUCUGUCAUCGCAUAUUUAGUCCAGGCUACAGUAUCCCUGAAGAGAAUUAACAAGUACCUCAACAGAGAAGAUUUGUCUGAAACCGACGUCUUAUGGAACGCCACACAACGUCCAGCGGUGAAGAUUACAAACGGAUGUUUCCAGUGGAAUUCUGAAGCAGCACCAACACUCACAAACGUCAGUUUGGAUGUUACCGAGGGUCAGCUUUUGGCAAUUGUGGGUCAAGUCGGAUCUGGAAAAUCCUCACUUGUGUCUGCCAUCUUGGGGGAAAUGGACAAGCUCUACGGUCAUGUCAGUUUGAAGAGUCACAUUGCCUACGUGCCCCAAGUUGCGUGGAUCCAGAACGACACCCUGCAGAACAACAUUCUGUUCGGGAAGCCCAUGGACAGACAUUGGUACAACAAAGUGGUGGAGUGUUGCGCUCUGACUCCAGAUCUGGAGAUGUUACCAGCUGGCGAUAUGACAGAGAUAGGGGAGAGAGGUAUCAACUUGAGUGGCGGACAGAAACAGAGAGUCUCACUAGCCAGAGCUGUCUACAACGAUGCUGACAUAUAUCUGCUGGAUGAUCCACUCAGUGCCGUUGACAGUCAUGUGGGGAAACAUAUCUUUGACAAGGUCAUCAGUAGCGAAGGUUUGCUCGCUAGCAAGACUCGUGUCCUGGUCACUCACGGCAUCCACUGGCUCCCAGAGGUGGACUCCAUCCUUGUGAUGACCAGUGGUCAGAUAUCAGAGAAAGGGACGUAUGAGGAGCUUCUGCAGUCUAACGGGCCAUUUUCCAAGUUCCUACAGACUUACCUGACAGAGAAUAAUGAUUUGGAUGACAGUCAAAUUGAAAUGAGCAAAAUAGGAAAGCAAGUUCUUCAACGCUUAGAGUCGGCUAAAUCAAGUGGAGAGAGGAAAGCAGACAUCAAACCUGUCCUAUCUAAGCCCCAAACCAAUGAGACCAGACAGUUCCAAGUCAAAGAAGAAGAAUUGAAAAAGGAGAAGAGGAAACUGGUUGAAGAAGAGGUUGUAGAGUCUGGCAAGGUUACUAUGAAAGUAUUUCUAACCUACUUCCGGGCUAUUGGGUUAUUGCCGAUGUUGAUCGCGAUGGUUAUGUACGCAUUAUUUCAAGCAACGUCUGUAACGUCAACUACGUGGCUCAGCAAAUGGACUGACGACACUUCGCUAGGAAACCUGACAACGCUGCCUUCCAACAGCACAGCCCGAAUGGAGAAAAAUGAAUAUUACAUUGGAAUAUAUGGUGCUUUGGGUCUAGUUCAAACUACGUUCAUCAUGGUAUUUUCCUUUCUAUGGAACCUAAGGACGGUAAAGGCAUCUGGUACACUCCACUCGAACAUGCUGAAGAAUGUUCUGAGGGCACCGAUGUCCUUCUUUGACACCACGCCUACGGGCAGGAUUGUCAAUCGGUUCUCCCAGGAUAUGGAUACAAUCGACACCAGAAUGCCCAUCGCGGUGGAAUAUUCCUUCAACACCACCCAUUUUGGGGAGACCUUAUCAGGAGCCAGUGUUAUCAGAUCGUUCCAAGCCCAGUCGAGGUUCAUCAAGGAAUCUGAGGACCGAGUAGAUGCAAAGCAGAAGUUCACCUUUUACUCAUUUUGUGCUCUCAGAUGGCAAGGUGUGCGUCUGGAAGUCUUCGGGAACAUCAUCGUUCUGGCCGCCUCCCUGUUUGCCGUCAUGUCACGUGACACCUUGUCAGGAGGACUUGUAGGCUUGUCGGUCUCCUAUGCUAUUGAGAUAACCGCUAACCUCAGCUGGAUGGUGCAGCUGGUGUCAGAAGUAGAGACACAGAUCGUCAUGGUGGAGAGGGUCAAGCAGUACACUGAAAUACAUUCAGAGCCAGCAUGGGACAUGCCCGAGAGACGUCCAACUCAUGACUGGCCAGACGCCGGGGUGGUGAAGUUCCUUGACUACUCAACGCGAUAUAGAGAAGGCCUUGACCUUGUUCUCAAGGGAGUAACGUGUACAGUACAUUCAACAGAGAAGGUGGGCAUCGUGGGCAGGACGGGGGCUGGGAAGUCCUCUCUGACUCUGUCCCUGUUCCGGCUGAUAGAAGCUGCAGGAGGAGAGAUCAACAUAGAUGGCGUUGACAUCAGUACACUCGGGCUGCAUGACCUCAGGAGCAAACUCACCAUACUACCUCAGGAUCCUGUAUUAUUUGCCAGAAGCCUGCGAGGCAAUGUUGACCCCUUCACCCAGUAUUCAGACAAUCAGAUCUGGCGGGCGCUGGAACAGGCUCAUCUGAAGACGUUCGUGGAGGUACUUCCUGAUGGACUGGAACACGAGUGUAGCGAAGGAGGGGAAAAUAUGAGUGUUGGUCAGCGGCAGCUCUUGUGUCUGGCCAGAGCUCUCCUGAAGAAGACCAGGAUCCUAGUACUGGAUGAGGCUACAGCAGCCGUUGACAUGGAAACAGAUGACCUGAUCCAGCAGACCAUCAGGUCAGAGUUCAAGGACUGCACGGUGCUGACCAUCGCCCACAGACUCAACACAGUCAUGGACUACGACAGGAUCCUGGUCUUGGACAACGGCCGUGUGUGUGAGUUUGACACACCCUCCAUCCUGUUGCGACAACACGACAGUAUCUUCUACAACAUGGCCAAAGCUGCUGGGUUAACAACAUAAUACAAAACAAUUUCACAAAUCUAAUUACGCAACUAGAUGAUAAACAGACCAACAAUAUGUAUGACAAGAUAAAUUGUGUGCCUUCGUCCACUUGAUAUGACUCGCUCAUGCCUUCAACCACAUGUUUGCA